GUCUUUUCAAUCUCUGCUUGUGUGUGUGUGUGUGUGCUUUUGUUCUUUACGGGAAAGAGAAAGAGGGAAAACAAGUACAAAGGAAGGAGAAAGAAGACGAUGAUUAGUAUUAUUAUGAUGAGCAGGAUGAUCCCCUAGUAAGAUUUGCCAAAAACCCCCGCGUUGCUGUAUGUCUGGCGACGAGACGAUCAAAUUUAGAGGAGGUUGAGGAAAGCUGUGGGAUUGGACGCCAUGGCUGGAAAGAGCAAGCUACUUAACGCGGAGAAAUCCAAGAGCAUCGAGCUUCAAGGCAAGCGGAAGGUAGAUGAUGCCUGGCAUGACUGUGAGGUUUCGUUGAGUUCUGCAGAUCCAUCAUCUACAUCUCUCAAUGUGCAUUUUAUGAACUUAAAGAAUGAUGAGAACAAUGUUAUACUGCGGAAAGAGGAAGCCUUUGCCUGCCUCCGUGUGCGCUCCACAAAUUUAUCAAAUGGUGAAUGCGUACAGGUGAAAGAGGGAGAAGAAGUUCUUGCUCUACAAAAGACUCGCACAGGCAGGCAUUACUUCUUUGAUGCAGAGGUGGAAAAGGUAAAAAGGUUGAAGCAUUCAAAUAAAGUGUUCUGCAGGUGCACUUUUGAGAUCAGGUGGCUUGAAAGUGAAUUGAAAGGAGAAAGAGUUACGGUUCCAGCAAGCUCAAUUAAACGAUUGGUUCAAGAAAGCAUUGAGGACCAUCCCAUUGUUGCAGCUUUUUUUGAAGCAGUGGAAUCUGCAAAGCAGUCUUCUUUGUCACCAGAAUUACCUGGAGGUUUUCGUGAUGACAGUGUUGUUGAAAGUGACAUCCAUGCUUUGCUUGAGCAACAAAUUGAAGAAAUUACAAAGUUGGCAGAAACAAGUGAAAAUGCCACCACUGAGGAGAGAUCAAGCAAAAAUAAAAGGGUUAAUAGCAAACAGAUUCAUGAGAAUGUCAAUUCUUUGGUUGAACGCACUCGGUACGGUAAAGACAGCAAUGGAAGUGUGCCUCCCCGCAAAUCUUUGAGGAAGGGAAAAGUUGUAAGCUCAGAAAAAGUUGAGGGAGAGUCCGUCUCUUUAAAUGUUGCUACAUUAUUACACUUAGAAAAUAGGCCUCGAUUAAGCCCACUUGCGGCACGUGCAGCCUUGGCUGCGGCAGUUUGGGAUUUACCUCUUGAUAAAGAGAGGACAGAUAAUGUUCAUGAGGGAAAAGAUCGAGAUUCUAUUGGUCCAAUUUCCCAGAAUCUGUUUAGAGAUCAACUUGAUAAGGUUUCCCUGAAUCUUUCUGAUACCUAUUUAGACAUAAAGCAUCACAACAAAGGCAGUAGAGUUCCCAAGACUGCUAAAUCUAUUGCUCGAGGGAAGUCCUCAAAACAAUCUAGCAGCAACAAAUUGUAUGCAAAUAAAGAUCAUGAUGGUCGCACAAACACAAAGAGUUCACAGGUGGUUUCCUCAGAUCAUUCCAGGUUAAAAAGAACAUAUUCGGCUUCUGUAGCAGCAAAGCAAGAAGCUUCAUCAGACAUUGCAUCCACUGCAAAGGAGUCUUCUGCAAUGACAGAUGCAAAUGUCCCAUCAACUGAACAAAGCAUAAGAAAGAGGCAGAGAGGGGCUAGCAAGGAAGUAAAUUCUACAAGAUCAAAAAGCAGACAUUUAGGUGCUGUCCCAACUCGCUCCUCUCCAAGGUUCCAUGUUGCUCCCGUGUCAGAUAAAGAGGAAACAUCUAGAAGUUUGCACAAUAGAGAGACUGAAAAUAAUGAACCAACAGCAUCUGAGGAUGGUCAAAGAGAGAUUAAUGGGUUUUCUGCUGCAACUAGAUUCAAUGUCAGAAAGCCAAAAAUGGAUAAAAAACCAUCUGACCUCAGUGAACAAGACCCUGAAGGUACUAGUGUGUUAAAUAACAAUGGUACUGAACAUUAUGAGAAAGUCAAUAAAGAUCCACAGGAAAAUAACAAUAAUCGUAGCAAACGAAAAUACAAGGAAGCAUCAGUUGAAAGAACAAAGACUAAAUCAUUACUAAUUGAUGAUCGUACAGAAGAUACGAAUGGAGCAAUUACAGAAGGCUCAAAGGAUAGUGGUUAUGGCAUAUACACAUCAGAUAAAGUAUCAUUGGAGGCCAAGAAAAUAAAAAGGGCAAAGGUCACAACUUCUAACCAUGUCAAACAACCACUAGUGACAAAUGGUACAGCUGAGAAUUCCGUAGGAACCGUUGAAGAGAGAUUUCAAAGCAAAAGGGCUUCUAAACCAUCCACAUCAAGUGUUAAAAGCUCGAAGACCAACAUAAGUCCUACCUAUCCGGAAAUCUCUGAUGGAGGAGAUAAAAUGAGACAAAAGUCUCGAAGUAGAAAAAUGUCUUCUGCCGAGGAAGGUGAAAACUCAAAAAGAGGCAGAGCUAGUGCUGACAAGAACCUGAAAGCACAGCGGCAAGUUGGCUCAGAAAUGAAAGAACAUACAUCUAGAGGUGUUGUAACAAGGUCAUCGCCUCACUUUGAACUUCUCCCACAAACACGAACUCGUUCCCAGUACCAGAAAAUCACACAGAAGUAACUGCAUUCUAGGAACCCAAGCAUGGUCGCUUAGUUUAAGGAGCAAAUUAGCAGAGAGAGACCUCAUGAAUGCUUUAAGUUGUCAGGUGUAAUAUUUGAUUUUUUGUCCACUCUCAAAAGCUGUUUCUUUUGUGGGAUUUCAAAUCAGCACAUAAAUGCUAGAUAUGAUGUACAUGCAUGCUUGCUUUUGAGACAGUUAAAGGAGAAGCAAAAGGCCAAGUGCAAAAGUUCCGUAGUACGGUGGAUUAAUAUGCCAGAGUAUUUUUUUGUUGUAAACAAAACAAUGUUUUAUCUUGAGUUUACAUCAUUUCUUA